AUGCUACCAUUCGCUCCUCAGGACGAGCCUUGGGACCGAGAAAUGGAAGUGUUCAGCGGCGGCGGCGCGAGCAGUGGCGAGGUAAAUGGUCUUAAAAUGGUUGAUGAGCCAAUGGAAGAGGGAGAAGCAGAUUCUUGUCAUGAUGAAGGAGUUGUUAAAGAAAUCCCUAUUACUCAUCAUGUUAAGGAAGGCUAUGAGAAAGCAGAUCCUGCACAGUUUGAGUUGCUCAAAGUUCUUGGUCAGGGGUCAUUUGGAAAGGUUUUUCUUGUUAGAAAGAAGACCGGUCCUGAUGCUGGGCAACUCUAUGCAAUGAAGGUGUUAAAAAAAGCCUCUUUAAAAGUUCGAGACAGAGUUCGGACAAAGAUGGAGAGGGAUAUACUGGUGGAAGUAAAUCAUCCAUUUAUUGUCAAAUUGCACUAUGCCUUUCAGACUGAAGGGAAACUAUACUUAAUACUGGAUUUUCUCAGGGGAGGAGAUGUUUUCACAAGAUUAUCCAAAGAGGUUCUGUUUACAGAGGAAGAUGUGAAAUUCUACCUCGCAGAACUGGCCCUUGCUUUGGAUCAUCUGCACCAAUUAGGAAUUGUUUAUAGAGACCUGAAGCCAGAAAAAAGGGCCUACAAAACGCUUAGGCAGUUGCAGAAUGCUCAGACAGUUGGUGCAUCAAUGCAUAUUGCAGACCUGUGGUGGCUGGGCUCUCAGAAGCGCCCACAGAAUGCUCAGAAUAUAGCAAAACACUCAGGUGACUGGGUCCCUAUGGCUGAUCACAGGCCUAAAUUAUAUAAAAGAGAAGUUCAACCUCCUUUCAAACCUGCUUCUGGAAAACCAGAUGAUACUUUUUGUUUUGAUCCUGAAUUUACUGCAAAAACACCUAAAGAUUCUCCUGGUUUGCCAGCCAGUGCAAAUGCUCAUCAGCUCUUCAAAGGAUUCAGCUUUGUUGCAACUUCUAUUGCAGAAGAAUAUAAAAUCACUCCUAUCACAAGUGCAAAUGUAUUACCAAUUGUUCAGAUAAAUGGAAAUGCUGCACAAUUUGGUGAAGUAUAUGAAUUGAAAGAGGAUAUUGGUGUUGGCUCCUAUUCUGUUUGCAAGCGAUGCGUACAUGCAACUACCAACAUGGAAUUUGCAGUGAAGAUCAUUGACAAAAGUAAACGAGACCCUUCAGAAGAGAUUGAAAUACUGAUGCGCUAUGGACAACAUCCCAACAUUAUUACUUUGAAGGAUGUCUUUGAUGAUGGUAGAUAUGUUUACCUUGUUACGGAUUUAAUGAAAGGAGGAGAAUUACUUGACCGUAUUCUCAAACAAAAAUGUUUCUCGGAACGGGAGGCUAGUGAUAUACUAUAUGUAAUAAGUAAGACAGUUGACUAUCUUCAUUGUCAAGGAGUUGUUCAUCGUGAUCUUAAACCUAGUAAUAUUUUAUACAUGGAUGAAUCAGCCAGUGCAGAUUCAAUCAGGAUAUGUGAUUUUGGGUUUGCAAAACAACUUCGAGGAGAAAACGGACUUCUCUUAACUCCAUGCUACACUGCAAACUUUGUUGCACCUGAGGUUCUUAUGCAACAGGGAUAUGAUGCUGCUUGUGAUAUCUGGAGUUUAGGAGUCCUUUUUUACACAAUGUUGGCUGGCUACACUCCAUUUGCUAAUGGCCCCAAUGAUACUCCUGAAGAGAUACUGCUGCGUAUAGGCAAUGGAAAGUUCUCUUUGAGUGGUGGAAACUGGGACAAUAUUUCAGGCGGAGCAAAGGAUUUGCUUUCCCAUAUGCUUCAUAUGGACCCACGUCAGCGGUAUACUACUGAACAAAUAUUAAAGCACUCAUGGAUAACUCACAGAGACCAGUUGCCAAAUGAUCAGCCAAAGAGAAAUGAUGUGUCACAUGUUGUUAAGGGAGCAAUGGUUGCAACAUACUCUGCCCUGACUCACAAGACCUUUCAACCAGUCCUAGAGCCUGUAGCUGCUUCAAGCUUAGCCCAGCGACGGAGCAUGAAAAAGCGAACAUCAACUGGCCUGUAAGAUUUGUGGUGUUCCUAGGCAAAACUGGAUGAAGAUGAAAUUAAAUGUGUGGCUUUUUUCUUAAUCUUAUCAAAGGCAUCGUUUUCUGCUUAAUUACUUGAAGUAAUAUGAAAUCCCCAUUUUUAGGGGAAGUGAGAUUUAAAAAACCAUGCACAGGUCCACAAUAUUCAUACUGUGUGUUUGC